ACAUCCUCGAGCCGGUCACUCGCUUUCAUACCACUGUGCACCGUGCCAGCGCUCGAGCUCCAGCGACACAGCGCGCGCUCGGAAUUUGGUUUCACUUCGCGGACGUUAACGUGAUUUUCUUGCUUUAAUUUACGCAAAUAAUUUUAAAUUUGAGACGAACGGUGUUUUUUUUUUUCUCUACCAGCGGGACAAGCUCGGCGACACCGGGGCACAGAGCGGGGAUAAGCGCGAGGCUGCAGCUUAUUACAACCCAGGACACUGGACAUUAUUUCUGCACGAGAGGACGCUACUUUGGAUUACUUUGACACACAGUUUGUGACUGGAAUACACCAAAAAUAUAACUACAAUAAUGUGCCCUGUGUUUCUCAGCAUGUCGCUUUUCUUUAGUAGAUAAUACAAGCCUCACAUUGCGCUCAGCGGAUGCAUGCACUUCUGCGCGCUUUGUGCAGAUUUUAGCUAAGGAAAAGCAGUAACCUUUCGCAGAAAAGCAAAAUAAAUAUUUCAGGAAGCAUUUAUUUUGUUGAGAAAUAUCCCGUCAACUUAUUUAACGUUGCCUUGGACCGAGCUCUGCACCUUUUUUGAACUCAGAAAAACCUGCGAAGCCCGGACCAGGAUCAGGAUGCAUCACAGCUGAAACCACGAGUCCGGGACUUUGGUGUUGAAAUCAGAUCGGACGGACCUCCACCUCUGUCCUGGACCAGGACAACAGCCUAAUCAUGAUGAGUCCUGGCGGUGUGAUGUUGAUCCUGCUCCCGGUGCUGUUUCUGCUCUCUGGAUCCUCCUGGGCAGCGACCCUGGGCGGGCUGAGAGACAACGUUCUUCGUCUGGAUGAGCUCCAGGGCGUGACCAACUUCAGCACCUUCCUACUGGACAAUUCAUCAGGCAUGUUGUUCCUCGGUGCCAGGGAUGCCAUUCUGGCUGUGAACACCAACAACUUGCAGCAAAAACCACAGAAGAUUGUUUGGGACGUGCCGGAGGAGAAGAGGAGGUCCUGUGUGGCAAAGGGAAAGACAGAGGUUGACUGCAAAAACUACAUCCGUCUGCUGGAGUUUCUGGGUGAUGGACGCAUCUACGUGUGUGGCACCUACGCCUUCGACCCCCAGUGUGCAUUCCUGGAGCUCUCUUCCUUCACCCUGGAGAAAGUUGAGGACGGAGGGGUGAAGAUGGAGACAGGGAAGGGCAAGUGUCCCUUUGAGCCCAGUCAGCACUACACAGCUGUCAUGGCAGGUGGAACCCUAUACACAGCAGCCACCAGCAACUUCCUGGGAACGCUGUUUGACAUCUCCCGGGCAACGGGCCCUGAGCAGGAGCGCAUCCGAACAGAGCGAUCCAUCAACUGGCUGAGUGACCCGGAGUUUGUGAGCUCAGCCUUCAUAAAGCAGUCUGAGGACAGCAACCCAACUGGAGACGAUGACAAAAUCUACUUCUUCUUCACUGAGGUGGCCAAAGAGUAUGACCUCUACACCAAAGUCAAAGUGCCCAGGGUAGCACGAGUCUGCAAGUCUGAUGUGGGAGGGAUGAAGACUCUGCAGCGACGUUGGACCACCUUCCUCAAGGCGCAGCUGGUGUGUGAGGAUAAACCCAGCGGUCAGCGCUACAACAUCCUAACCGAUGUUUUCACCACGGAGCACACACCAGGCGACCCCAGCAGCACACACUUCUAUGGGCUGUUCACCUCCCAGUGGGAGCGUGAAGAGUUGUCAGCAGUGUGUGUUUUCAGCCUGUCUGACAUCAGCAAAGUGAUGGACGGUCCCUUUAAAGAGCUGAAGAAAACCUGCGAGAACUGGAUUAACCCUGAACCUGUCCCCACACCGAGGCCUGGUCAGUGUUUGAACAAUGCUCUGAAGGCUGAGGGGUUUGAGUCCUCCCUAAAACUUCCCGACAAGGUGUUGACCUUCGUGAGGGACCACCCCCUGAUGGAGAACAGUGUUACUGCAGCGCCUCUGUUGGUGCGGAAGGGAAUCAGAUACACCAAGCUGGCUGUAACGCAGAAGGGCAACGGAGAGACGCGGAUGAGAGCAGUGCUGCACCUUGGAACAGACCGUGGGGAGCUCCACCGGGUGGCAGUGGUGGGUCAGAACUCCACCUUGCUGCAGGAAAUCCCUCUGUUUACUGCACAGGAGCCUGUCAACAAUAUACUGCUGCACAAGGGCCGGGCUCUGGUGGGCAGCCCUCUGUCUCUGGCUCGUGUCCAGGCUGAAGGCUGCGCUCUGUAUCCCAGCUGUGAGGUGUGUGCCAAAGCCAGAGGACUGGGCUGUGUGUGGACGGAGGACGCCUGCAGGCCUACAACAGAAGAGCCUGCUCCAGGUGAUAUGAUAGACGACGCCUUGAGAAAAUGUGACAUAGGAGAAGGGCGCUGCAAUCCGUCCAUGAGGGAACUGCGAGUUUCCAAGGGUCUACGGCUCCUGUUACCAUGCAUCCAGCUGUCUCCCAGGCCCUGUAGCUGGGAGCAUCCUCCCCACAGACAGACCAGGCAGCACCACUCUGACCUGGAGGUGACUGUCACAGAGGACAGCCUGGGGAAAUACAUCUGCACGUGCCAGGAGGCGGGGCCAGGCAUCAGAGAGCCCACCCCCUGCCGAAGAGCAGCCUAUCACCUGACACUAGAAGACCCGAGCCCUGGAGGAACAGUGGCGACAGCAGGAGGUCGUCACGUUCUGGCCAUCUACAUCCUGUUCUUUGUCUUGGGUUUAGCAUUUGGCAUAUUUCUCCUGUACUGCGUGACCCGUCGGCGGAGUAUUGUCCGCCAGGGUCACCACCUGCCAGAUAAUUCGCUGUCGUCAGAGAAGGGGCGGGAUUUGCUGGGCUCCUCGGCCACGCCGCAGUCCCCGAGCAGUGCCAGUCUGCUCUCCGAGGGAUUCAGAUUGACAGAAAAACGUAACGGGACGGCGACGAGUAACACAACAACAACGCUUCUCAGCAAUCAGGGUAAUGGUGGUCACCAUGGCAACAGCUACAGCAGCGGCCUGGUCCAUAGCAACCCCAGCAACGGCCAUGGGAAUGUGCUGUAUGCCAACAGCAACACAAGUAGCAGCGGGCUGAAGUUCACCUCCGAAAUUUUAGCUGCAGACUUGCUGGAUGGAAGGACGGGGGAGAGGGAGAGGGUGAGGGUGCGGCCCGAGGGGUUAAAGAGAGAGUCGGGGGAGGGGGAGGAGGUGGACGAGGGGCUGGGGGACGGGUUAGGGGAUGGAAUAAAAGGACUAGAAGAGGAGCUGGCCAGCUUUCCCAUGUUUAAAUCACCAGCACCACUGGCUAAGUGUGAAGAAAGUUCAAUAUGAAAAGGUGUUAUAAAUAUGCUUUUGAUUGCACCAUUUUGCAUCCUUGAAAAAAAACUGAAUGAUACUGGGAGGGACGCAAAAUGGUUACUGCCAGAUGCCUUUGAAUGGGAGCCGUGGCUGUGAGAGACUACAGAGAUAUAUGAGAAAUAUAUAAGUCUAUGUCUAAGCAUGUGAGGGAGAAAACAUGUUAGAGUGUCGUGUGUCACUCAGGAUGAGAGUCACAGCUAAAUAAAUGUGUCAGAUGUAAUAUAAAGUGUAAAUAUAAGAACUCCAGAUUGUGGACACAAAGCUGAGUGCGAUAUUGCGCAAUUUAAAUGUUGAAAAAAAAAUCAAAGAUGAAAUGCCUACAUGUGUAGACAUUGAAAAGCCAUAUUGUCUUUCUCCUUCUGUUGUUGUUUGCUCUCUCAUUCUCCUCUCCUGAAGGCACUGAAAAAGAAAAGUGCACUUUAAAUCUCUCAGCACCUCUCUCUACUUCUGUCCCUCUCUCUGACACACCACUCAAAUCCCAGACCUUGAUGGGUCCAAAGGCACCAAAGGACUGCUGAGCCAUAGAGACUGCACCAGUCCCGGGCUUCAAACAGAGAGAUGUCACUGUCAGAGACUAAAGAACCAGAGCUCUCUGACUAAAGAACAGAGUCCCUCAGAUGGGCCACAGUGACGGAGCUGUCCCUGCCUGCACUGACGCAGAGGUCAAAAGGAUAAUCUGUGUCAGUGUGGAAAGCUCAAGAUGCACAGCAGACGCAAGCAAGUGACAGCUGCUCACAUCUGUCACUUCUCACCUUCACUGUUGCUCAAAUCAGAAGGCCAAUGAUUUUUAGAAGGAUGUGAAAUUCAUUGCAGCCUCACAGAAUGGACCUUUGCAGACACAAAGCCACCAUCACCUCGUUUUGUGUGUGUGGAUUUCAACUUUAAAAAUGUAUUGUUUUGUCAUGUUUUGUAAUAAAGCCUAAAAAAAGUUGCUGUUAACUUGUAAUCUCUGUUUCCGUACUGUCAAGUGAAAAUCUAAGUGUGAGAGAGAUUUUUAAAAAGUGGUGGCGUGUGCCUCUCAUACCUCCCAAGAAAUGGACCUAACUUGUAAGUAAUGACUGCAU